AUUGUUUUAGAAGGUUAAAAUAACAUCGAUUGUCGACCUUAUUUUCAUUCUGAAAUCUGAUAGUAUCAACCAAAGCACACUGUUCUUCCCCAAAUAAAAUGGCAAUUCGACGUUAGAAAUCUGAAAAUUCCAUAAUCUGAAAUGAAAACAAUGGACAAAGACAUAUCAAACUGGGUCAUGGAGUUUCUCCUUCGAAGCUCCGUACCCGAUUCACUCAUUCAAAAAACCCUAACCGUUCUUCCACUUUCCGGCGCCGAUUCUCGCCUUAAAAAAACCCUCCUCCUCCGUACCCUCCAAACUCACCUCCGCAACGCCUCCCUCUCGGAAACCUCUCUCCAAAUCAUCGAACACCUAGAGGAGCUUUACCGCAUCGACGCGGUUCCCAUCUCCGAUGCAAUGCGGAGCGCUUAUUGUUCUGUCGCUGUUGAAUGUACCGUUAAAUAUCUUAUUACCGCUCAUGAGGAUCCGUCCGGGGAAUACUUUUCCGCUGUUCGACGGAUCUGGCGUGGUCGUGUUGUUCAAUUGUCGGCUGAGGUGCGGCGGAGCGAGCUUCUUUCAGAUGAGUUGUCGCGUUGGGGGGAAGACAUUGAAGCGGCGCUUUGGGAUGUUAAGGUUUCGGAGAGGCUUGCAGGUUUGAACACAAGGAGAGAUGCGAUGAAUGAGGUUAACAGGUUUUUGAAGGAUGCGUGGCAAAUUAUGGGACCUUCUUUUCUUGAUUCGAUGGCAUUGUCUUCUAAAGGGAAUGGGUUGCGUCCUGAAGGUGUUUGUGGAAUUGCUUCAGGUAGUGAAAAGUUGAGAAAGAGUGAUGGUAGGUUAGAAAGUUCGGGAAAGGAGAAAAUGUGCUCUGUUGGGGAUGAUAACAAUGAUAAUGUUGAUGAUGAUGGUGAUGGUGAUGAUGAUGACGUGGCAGUGAUGGGUGAAAACCAUGGCAAUAAACGAUUGGAAGAUAGAGUUGGUACUUCUGUUGAUGCAAAUCAGGAAGUGGGUGGGUGUGAUUCUUCAAAUGUAGAUAAAGUAGAAUUUCGGAAAGACAAUAUUCAGCUCAAACGCAAGCACUCUGCACUACGAACAUGCCAUAGGGGAGUUAAAGUCUCUGGUGCAGAGGACGUGAGUCCAUCAAAUUUAUCGAGUAAAUAUAAAAUCUUGCCUAGUGCUGAAGUAAAGAAAGUUCGGGAAUCCCUUAAAUCAAGUUCUAUGGAGUUAAAGGCAUUGGUCAAGGAUCCUCUUCCCGAUGCAUUGCGAUCAUCUGAAGAUGUAAGAUCCAAAUUAGCAACAGAACAUAUAAAUCUUGGGCCACCCAGUGAAAAUCAGAGUGGACAUGUAGAUGUACGACAUUCAGAUAGAUGCAAAAGCAUUGUACUUUAUCAGGCUAAGGCUAAUGAUGCCAAUCUUGCAAAGAAGCCUUCUGUUCCUUGUAGUAAUGAUCGCCGCCCCAACUUUAUGGGGCGGGCAAGUUCUGCCCAUACUUACGAGUGGAAUGAUUCAAUAGAUAACUCACCGCAAGAAAGACUGCCAAGAAGGAAGAAAAGGAAAUGGACUUCACUGGAAGAGGAGACACUAAGGGCUGGUGUAAAAAUGUUUGGAGAAGGAAACUGGAGGACAAUUCGUGACUUUUACAGCAACAUAUUCGAAUAUAGAAGUGGAGUUGAUCUAAAAGACAAGUGGAGAAAUAUGACGCGGUGACAAGGAGGAGUUAUUUAAAUUUCCAUGUAUAUAUAUCUCAGGAAGUUUUGUUGAAGCACAGUUCAGCUAGUGCUGUUAGUGAGGAGUGUGGACCAACUGGUAACCUAAAGUCCAUGUCAGGACCCACUCAAUCCACUUCUCCUUCAUCUCUGCAUUCCUGUUUCAAGAGCUUGUCUUAAGGAAGCUCCAAAGGGAAAAAGAUCAUACCAACUUUGAGAUCUGAAUUGUACUUUAUACACAAAGGAAACCAUUUGAUACUUGCCUUUUGUUUGAUUAUGUAAAUGCUUAAUUUAAUAUGUUCUUAUCUUUUUAAGCCAUCUAGGGUGUUUGUAAUCUACAUCAUCUAUCUAAUUUUUUUUUACGACUUGUAUAUUUGAACCCGUUUUUAUCAUGGCAACACAAGUGUCUGUCUCUUCAA